AUGGCAUCAAGUUACAAACCAAAUUUUAUUCGUCAAGAACGAAUUGCAGUUUCAUCUGCAAUUCCAUCUGCUACACUUGAUCUUUUUUCAUUUCCUCGUCGUCCAGCUUCAACAAAUUCUUCAGGUCGAAAAACUGAAUGUCUUUUAACAAAUCAUUUUUCAUGUGAAUUUGCUAAUAAUCUUCCAUUAUAUCAAUAUGAUGUAGCAAUUGAAGAACUUGGCUCAUGUUCUGGUGAAUGGUAUGAAGUUAAAGGUCGCGGACGAUGCACUCGAAUUAUGCAAUUACUUAUUUCUAAUGGUGGAUUUGAUCCACAAGUUGUUGUUUGGUAUGAUGAACAGAAAUGUUUAUAUAGCACAUCAUUAUUAAAAUCACCAGAAUUGAUCACAAGUAAAGAUAAUCGAAAUCGACUUAAUAUCAAAUCAUUAGCUAAUCAAUGGUCAACAAAUGAUAUUCAAAAUUAUAUCAAUGGUCAAGCCAAUGUAUAUCCAUAUGAUGCAGUACGUAUUCUUGAAACACUUUUGAAAAAAUCACUUCAAGAUCGAAUUGAAGUUGUUAAUAAUAGUUGUUAUUUCUUGAAUGAACCACCUAAAAAAUUGGCUGGUGGAUUUGAAGAACGUAUUGGUUUUAUGCAAGCACUUAAUCUUGCAUCUCAUCGUGUGACAUUAAAUGUUCAAACAAAAUUAACAACAUUUUAUCCUGAAAUUUUUCUACUAGAUUUUAUUCACAUGCAAAUUGGUGCAAAACGAAUACCAAAUGAAAAUGAAUAUAAAAAAUUAAAUCGAAUAUUAAAAAAUUGUUUGGUUGCUACAAAACAAUCAAAUUGGAAACAAGCUUAUGCAAUUGAUCAAUUUGAUCAUCGACGACCAGUUGAAAUUACAAUUGAAUCAGGUGAAACAUUAGUUGAAUAUUAUAAAAAAGCAAAAAAUAUUACAUUAAAUCAAACAAAUUAUCCAUGUAUUCAAGUAUAUAUUCCCAAUGAAUAUAAUAAACCUUGUCAUUUACCUUUGGAAGUUUGUCGAAUUCAAGCAUGGCAAGUUUAUGACAAACCGUUAUCCAAAGUACGAGAAGCACAACAACCACGAAAAUAUAUUCCUAAACCACACGAACGUCAUGCUGCUAUUAUGGAUAUAUUAAAAAAAUGUGAUUAUAAUUCACAUUUAAAUCGUCUUUGCCGUGAAGUUGGGUUUCAGAUUGAAGAUAAACAAAUGUUGCAGUUAAAUGCUCAAAUUUUAACUCAACCACAAAUUCAAACAGGUCCUAAUUGUAAAGCAAAUGUUCAAAUUGGUCGCAUUCCUCUAGAUGGACAUUUAUAUACACCAAAACCACUUCCAGCUGUAGCAAUAACAUAUUUUGGCACUGAACCUGAACGAGAGUCAACUUUAAUGAAUAAUUUUCUCACAACUUUAUUAAAUGUGAUGGAAAAUUAUCAUGUCAAUGUAAAAUAUGAGAAACAUACUGUACCACCUACUAUUGAUAAAAUUACUGCAUAUUUUCGUGACAUGAGUGAAAGAAAAUGUCAAUUUGUUAUUUGUAUUAUGAAUGGAAAAUCUGAAGAUGAACUUACACAACUUAAAGCUUAUAUAAAAGAUUGUGGAACAAUUAAAUAUGGUAUAAUGACACAAUGUGUUUUACUUUCAAAAAUUGCAUCUAAUCGUUCAUUAACAAGUUAUUGUGAAAAUUUAAUUAGAAAAAUUAAUUAUAAAAAUUCUGGUAUCAAUACAAAAGUUAAUUUGAAUGAAGCAUUAAAGUAUAAAAACUCUAAAACAGAUUCAUAUAUGUUUUUUGGUGCUGACGUUAUCCAUCCAACCAAUGUUACUCGUCAACAUCCAUCAAUUGCUGCUGUUGUUGGUUCUGGAGAUUCCUUAUGUUCAACAACAGCUGUACGUGUUUGUCAACAAUAUCCUAAAGAAGGCAAAUGUUCAAUUGAAACUAUUGUUGGUAUGACUGAUAUGGUCGAACAAUUAUUAGAUUAUUAUCGACAAGCAAAUAAAGUAUUACCGAAUAAAAUUGUUUUUUAUCGUGAUGGAGUAGAUGAUGGUCAAUUUGGAAAAGUUAUGGCUCAUGAAAUUCCAGCAAUUCGUCAAGCUUUUGAUCGUAUUUAUGGUGAUAAAUCCAAUCAUCCAUUGUUGACGUUUAUUGUUGUUAAAAAACGUCAUAAUACACGUUUUUUUAAUUGUAAUAGAUCAACAAAAGAAAUAAAUAACAUGAGUAUUGGUACUGUUAUUGAUACAACAAUUGUUCAUCCAUAUCAAAAUAAUUUUUAUUUAAAUUCACAUAAUGCUUUUCAAGGUGUUAAUCAUCCAUCACUUUAUCAUGUACUUUUGGAUGAAAUUGGAUUUACUGCUGAUGAAUUACAAUUAUUAACAUAUCAUUUAUGUUUUACAGAUCCUCGUUCAUCAGCUGCUGAAGCUAUUCCAUCAGUUGUACAUCUGGCUGAUAUAGCAGCAUUGAAAGCUCGUGAUUUAUUUUAUGAUGAUGAACGUUCAUCAGGAACUAGUGUUGGUGGACGUAGUCAACCAUUACGAAAUCCAACUUUGAAUGAUUUAGAUUGUAAGAUUCUCGAUGUACAUGAGAAUCUUAAAAAUCGACCAGUAUUUGGUUAA